AUGUUGAGAACUACGGUUUUGGUGGUGAUUUUGGUGGCUGGAUGUUUGGCGGCGGAUUUUAUGCCAAUGGUGAGUUUUGUGGGGCUGGAAAUCCACGUGGAACAGAUUCUAGAAUUUUUUGUAGGUCAAAAAAAAAAUCUUUGUGGAUUUUUUUCUGGCUUUUGAAAUUUCAAAAUGAUUUUUUUUAAACUUCGUAACGAAAAGCCACGUGGCAUUGAACUUUCAGAAAAAUUCUUUGAAAUUUCAAUUUUUUGAUUUUUCAACCCUAAAGCUGAGAAUUUCCAGCUAAAAAUCCACGUGGCAUCAAAUUCUGAAAUAAAAGUUCAACAUUUGACAAUUUUGAAACAAAAAAGCCACGUGGCAUUGAAAUUUCAGAAAAAUUCUUGGAAUUUUCAAUUUUUUGAUUUUUCAACCCUAAAGCUGAGAAUUUCUAGCCAAAAAUCCACAUGGCAACCAAAUUCUAAAUAAAAAUUUAAAGUUGAAAAUUUCGGGUCUAAAAUUCCACGUGGCAACCAAACUUUUGAAAAAAAUUUGCAAAAAAUUUUGAAUUUCGAAAUUUUUUUUUUCAAAAUCCACGUGACCAAAAAAUUCCAAAAUUCUGAAUGAAAAUGCAAAUUUGAAAAUUUCGGGCCUAAAAUUCCACGUGGCACUAAAUUCUGUGAGAAAAAUUCAAAUUUGAAAAUUUAGGGUCUAAAAUUCCACGUGGCACUAAAUUCUGUGAGAAAAAUUCAAAUCUGAAAACUUCGGGCCUAAACUUCCACGUUGCACCAAAAUAUUCCCAUAACAAAAUUAUUAGCUCCCAAAAGCCACGUGGCAAAAUUUGAGCCCAAAAUUUCAGAUAAAAAAUUUUAAAGUAAAAUCCUGAUCACAAAGGCUAAGUGCAUUUUAAGGGCUCUAAAUUCUCUGAAAUCACAAAAAUUAUCCAAAAUUUCCAGCGCUCCUACCUAACCCGCGCAAAACGUCAAUGCUCCUGCUCAUCUGGCUCCUCGAGCUCUUCAAGCUGUUGCUCCGGCUCAUCAAAUUCCGGUUCCUCAUACAUCUGUCUCCCAGUGUGCAUGCAAAAAUGUCAAUCAUCCACCAGCAACAACAAUCUCUGCGCCUCAAUCUGUGCUCAACAAUGCUCCAGCUCGAGCUCUUCCCAACCGAGUUGCUCAUCUUGCCAACAAGCAUGCUCUAACGCUUGCUCGAGCUCUUCGUGCACAAAUUCGUGUCAGCAAAAUAGUUGCUCCAAUUUGUGCUCGAGCUCGAGUUCCUCAAACUCCUGCCAGAGCUCUUGCACUUCUAAAUGUCUUCAAGUUUGCACAGCUCCAAGUUGUCAAUCCAGUAAGAUUCAAUUUUCUCUGCGUCUCUCACACUCUAGUUUUCAGCCUGCUCCAAUUCAUGCUCAAAUGCUUGCUCCAGCUCCAGCUCGAGCUCAAAUUCUCAACCAAUUAUUUUGCUGAUCCCAUCAUCUUCCUCGAGUUCCUCCUCAAAUUCAUGCCAAAGUUCAUGCUCGAAUGUGAGUUACAGUAACUUUUUUCGGGUAGAUCAAACAAUUCUCCUCGAAAUUUCCAAUCCAUUGAUGUACAAUAGUACAGGGUUACUGUACGGCACACUGAAUUUGACGCGCAAAAUUUCGAACUGCUCGUAAAAUAAAGUGUUUUAAGAGAGCUACAGUAAUCUGAGCAGUUUGCGCGUCAAGUUCAGUGUUUUUUUUUGAGAGCUACAGUAACCUUGAUAUUUGCUCGUAAAAUGAAGUGUUUUAAGAAAGCUACAGUAAUCUGAGAAGUUUGCGCGUCAAAUUCAGUGUUCCAAGUGAGGUACCGUAAUCUAGAAGACUUUAAUUUUGCGCGUCAAAUCCAGUGUUUCAAGUAAGAUACAGUAAUCUAGGAACAUCUAAAUUUUGCGCGUCAAAUUCAGUGUUUCAAGUGAGAUACCGUAAUCUAGAAGAAUUUAAUUUUGCGCGUCAAAUCCAGUGUUUUUUAGACAGCUACAGUAAUCUAGGAACAUCCAAAUUUUGCGCGUCAAAUCCAGUGUUUCAAGUGAGAUACCGUUAUCUAGAAGACUUUAAUUUUGCGCGUCAAAUACAGUGUAUCUCUACAGUAACCCUAGACUAUUUGAUACCAAAAUAUUCCAAAUUUCGACAAGAAGAAGAACGAGUUUUUUGAACUACCAAAAAUCUGGGGAAUUUUGCUCGUAGAGUUCAGUGUAUCCACAGUAAUCCUAGACUAUUUCAUACCAAAAGAUCCCAAAUUUCAACCAAAAAUCCGGGGAAUUUUGCGCGUCAAAUCCGGUGUAUCCUACAGUAACCCUAGACUAUUUGAUAUCAAAAAAUCGCAAAUUUCAAGCCAAAUCCAAAUUCCAGCAAUGUCAAUCCUCCUGCUCAACCCCAGCCUGCCAACAAUCCUGCCAAAACACUUGCAACAACUCGUGCUCCAGCUCAAACUCCUGUGAAUCCUCGUGCAAUUCCGGUUGCCAAUCCACGUGUCAAACCACAACUCCGCUCAACAUCUGCAUUCCCGCCUGCCAGCAAACUUGCCAAUCCACGUGUUCGCAGGCGGCGAUUUUGGUGCAACCGUGCUCCAGCGGAUCUAGUGGAUCGAGUUGCUCGUGCUCGAGUGGAUAUAGUAAAUGUGGAUCGCAGUGUUGUAAAAUGUAG